CCAUUAGAGGGAAGAUUAGUCCUGCACCAAUCUUCAUGCCUGGCAACUAACAAAAUCCACCCGGGGGAGCUGCUCUUCCCCAGCACCGACUUGGAUAUUUACUGCUUUUGGGGCUAGGGAUCUUUUCUGAUCUACUAUAUAUAUAUUUUGGACACUGGACGCCAUGUUGUGGAAACUAGCAGAUAAUGUCAAAUAUGAAGAGGACUGUGAGGACCGGCACGACGGGAGCAGCAAUGGGAACCCCAGGCUCCCCCACCUCUCCGCCGUCAGCCAACACUUGUACAGCCCGGCUCCCCAGCUCUCCCAUUCCGGGACGUCCGACUUCCAGCCCCCCUACUUCCCGCCCCCCUACCAGCCUCUGCCUUACUCCCAGUCCAGCGAUCCCUACUCCCACCUCGGGGACCCCUUCUCCAUUAACCCGCUCCACCAACCUCCUCCCCCGCCGCCCAGCCAGCAGCAGGCCGCCUGGCCCAGCCGGCAAAGCCAGGAUCCCUCCGGCCUGGUCCAUCAUGCCAGGCCUGGCCUGGUCCCUCAUCUCUCGGCGCUGGAGAGCGGCUCGGCUGGGGGCAGGAGGGAAACCUACAGGCGCUCGGAGCUCCUCCUGCCCCACGGACACGGGCUGGACGCUUCCACGCUCGCCGAGAACCUGGGGCUGCAUGAGAUGGCUCAUCAGAUGGAGGAGGUGCCGAAUGUGGAAGAUCAACACUUAUUAAUGCAUGACCAGACAGUCAUUAGAAAAGGUCCCAUUUCAUUAACAAAAAACAGCUCGCUGAGUCUCCCCUGCCAGAAGGAUGGAUUAAUUGGAGUGGUGAUAAACCCCAAUGAAGUGUUUUGCUCUGUUCCGGGGAGACUUUCUCUGCUGAGUUCCACAUCUAAAUAUAAAGUGACAGUAGCAGAGGUUCAGAGAAGGCUCUCGCCUCCAGAAUGUCUAAAUGCCUCCUUGCUAGGAGGAGUUCUCCGAAGAGCCAAAUCUAAAAAUGGUGGCAGAUCAUUAAGGGAAAAACUGGAUAAAAUUGGCUUGAAUCUUCCAGCUGGUAGAAGGAAAGCUGCAAAUGUGACAUUAUUGACAUCUUUGGUGGAAGGUGAAGCUGUACAUCUUGCUCGUGACUUUGGCUAUGUCUGUGAGACAGAGUUUCCUUCCAAAGCAGUGGCCGAAUAUUUAACCAGACCGCACUUGGGCCGUAAUGAGAUGGCUAACAGGAAAAAUAUGCUUCUUGCUGCAAAGCAGAUAUGUAAGGAAUUCACAGACCUCCUCACUCAGGAUAGAACUCCUCUUGGAAACACUAGACCUAGUCCAAUCUUGGACCCUGGCAUCCAGGGCUGUUUGACUCAUUUUAGCCUGAUCACGCAUGGCUUUGGGAGUGCUGCCAUCUGUGCUGCCAUGACAUCCGUCCAGAACUACCUAAAUGAAGCAUUAAAAAUAGCAGACAAAACAUAUAUGAACACUGGCGACCAAAGUCCUGCAGAAACCAACAAAAACAUUGAUAAAAUGGAUAAGCACAGGAAGUAAAAUGAGGGAAACCAGACUUUCAAACUGUUCCUCCAAAACACAGACUGGGAUCUUCUUGCCAAUGGGGCAUGUAGAAAUUUGGUUACUUUCCCUCCCCCCUCUCUUUUUAAAACAACAAAACAUCUUAUUCAGGAUCUUCAAUUCCUCUGGAUCUGUAUGACAAGUCUUUCUAAAGCUGCAGUACCUCCCUUAACUGUGGAAUCCGUUACCAGAAGAUAAGUACUGGUGCAAGUGUAUUAAAAUCCUUUGCUGUUAAAGUGGUGCUAUAAAGUCUUUGGUGGAAAUAUACUAAGAGAUAUGUAGAGUUUUCAAACAUCUAAAUAUCUAGUGGUGACAAGCUACCGUGUAUAUUUUUUUGAGAUAUGGAUUUUGGAUGGGAUACUCUUCAUUAUCUGGAAAAACUUCAGGUUUUUAGUCUUUAAAGCCAACAAUAACUAUAAUGCAGUAUUAAACAAGGUAUUUAGAUUUAUGUACAUGGUGUAUUUUAUAAACACAUGACAAACUCCAAGAUCAUUCUGUUCUUGCUUUAUUUUCAGCUGACCGUAGGAAAAAACUGAUAUCAGCAUAGAUGAAAGAGCUAUUUGAUGCAUUUGACGUGCUUAUUUUAAUUCUUAUUUUUUAUGGAAAUAUUCAGGCUUUGAAAAAUUGCAGUUGC